AUGUCCAUAACUUCCAGCAGUAAUUCACGCCAUGUGUCUAAUCUCACUAACGGUACUGAAGCGGAAAAACGCUCUACGCCAUCAUCUUCCACGUCGAGGAGAAGAAGAACAACUCCGCUUGAGCGAGUGGUAGCCAAUGGAGAUGACGAUCUUGGAUUCGCUAAGAGGUCAUUCUCAAUUCUCCGAGGCACUAGUCAUUCAGAUACGACCUCAAAUGCUAAUCAUAACAGUGGUACCGACCGUUCAAGGAAUAAUAGUCUCCACUCCCAAUAG